AUGAAGCCUAUAAUCGCAAAGAACCUAAUACAAAUUACUCGAGUUGCAGAGUUUGUUUUUUUACGAUGCGGCGAAAGUCGGACUCAAAUCGUCUGCUUUUACCACAAUAACCUUCGGCCGAUUUGCCGGCGUCAGAUUCUUCCAAAUACUAUCUUCACCGCCCGUUUAAUAAACGAUUGGUAUCCGUGCUGUAUAUCCUCCUCCAUCACCACAUUCUUCUCUUUCCUCUUCUCCUUCUUCCUUUUACUCUUCUUUUUUCUUUCUUCUCGUCUCCUUCCUCUUCUCUUUACUCUUCUUCUUCAUCUCCUCCCCCUCCUCCUUUUUCUUCCUCUUCUUCUUCAUCUCCUCCCCCUCCUCCUUUUUCUUCCUCUUCUUCUUCAUCUCCUCCCCCUCCUCCUUUUUCUUCCUCUUCUUCUUCAUCUCCUCCCCCCUUUUUUUCUUCCUUUUUUCUUCCUCUUCUUCUUCAUCUCCUCCCCUCCUCCUUUUUCUUCCUCUUCUUCUUCAUCUCCUCCCCUCCUCCUUUUUUCUUCCUCUUCUUCUUCAUCUCCUCCCCCCCUCCUUUUUUUUCUUUCUUCUUCAUCUCCUCCCCCCUCCUCCUUUUCUUCCUCUUCUUCUUCAUCUCCUCCCCCUCCUCCUUUUUUCUUCCCUUCUUCUUCAUCUCCUCCCCCUCCUUUUUUCUUCCUCUUCUUCUUCAUCUCCUCCCCCUCCUCCUUUUUCUUCCUCUUCUUCUUCAUCUCCUCCCCCUCCUCCUUUUUCUUCCUCUUCUUCUUCUAUAUAGGCGAAACUAAAGCCAUUCAUUCUCAUUUACAAAAAGCAAUGUACUCAUAA